UACAACACGGUAAUACAAUUAAUGACUGAGUCCUUGGACGAAAUAUAACUGUCAUAACUCCUUAAUACAACAGCAUUAAAUUCACAGGGAGGAUGUAUUGAGGAGAGAGUAGUAACAAGGCCUGCAGGUUGCUACCAACCAACCACAACUGUAAUGUAACUUCAUGGCGGAAAAAAUAAAUAUAUAAGACCAAAAAAAGGUGUUUGAGUAUCGCUCUUUAGUUGCGGACUAUUUACGACAUAAAAAAUUGCGGUUAACAAGGAUAUACCAGGAGGAAUUAGAAAGUGCGGUGGUUGACAGGAUAAACUGUGUUGGUUUAGUAUCUGUAUUGUGGUUUGGUAAGAUUGCCAGCAGUGGAGAGGCGUGUGUAUAUAUAGUCAAGGCUGCAAGAAUGUGCGGCUAGAUGAGCUAACCGCUGUGCAGGGGCGCCUGCGGUCUGGACAAGCCUGCGGUCUGGACCAGCUUGCGGUCUGGACAAGUGUGUGUGUGUGUAGUGGCCGCCGCCAGCUAGCUGUACCUGGAGGGUGUGGAGACAGGCACUCUCUCCUCUCUAGUCUUUCACACAACCCGCAUUAAACCGCUACGAGAGUUGUGCGGUAUUGGUGCCACACUAGACCAACCGCUUCCAGAACUGUGUGGUGGUGGUGGAGCCACUCUACGCAUUAACGAGACCGCAGCAACCACAACUGUGCUGAUAGACAACUCAGUACAUAGACGCUACAAGAACGUUGUACGUCAAUACCACAAGAACUGUGCUGAUAAACAGCGCUGUACGCUAACACUACGAGUAUCGUACUGCUCUAUCAGGUUCGUGCUAACAGCCAUCAUCAUGAUGAUGAACGAGCCGGUGCCGGUCUCCACGGCCAUGAUGCUGCCGCACUACGAGUCGCCGUUGCCUGCACUCUACGAGCCGCAGCCGCAGCCGCCCAAGCCGCGGCUCAUGUUCAAGAUGCCGCGGGUUGUGCCAGACCAGAAGACCAAGUUUGAGUCUGACGAACUGUUCCGUCGCCUGGCCAGGGAGACAGAGGUCCGCUACACGGGUUAUCGAGACCGGCCUGUGGAAGAGCGUCGACAGAAGUGCCAAAGUCAGUGCAGAGACGGAUAUACGGAAAUCGCCUUCGUCAACACAGGCACCAACUUACAGCUGUCAUUCACACCUGCACCGGGGGGAUACUCCCCAGAUGUCGACUUCAACAAGGAACCAGGCAAGGUAAGCAACCCCCCUCACUCUAGACCAGGCCUCCUGGUUGAUAACCUGAUCGGCCAAGUUAUUGGUGCUUUCUGCAUGAAGUUUAACGUCGACACCAGAGCCCGGCUGCCAGAUGGAAGCUAUCAAAGAACGAACAAAAUACAUGCAUAG